AUGUCCCAAGACCAGAAGUCACUCAUCAAUCCAAAUUCUACAGGAGCUAAUGUACCCGUGCAUCGGCUCGAGGAGGUAUUAAUGCGCAUGAAAGUCCAGCUCACUGCAACUACCACUAACGGCCCGCGGCAAACACCAAACCGCCCGCGUUCUUCCUCCGUUUCCCGCACCUGCCGCCCACGCCCUCCAAGUAGCGUCUGCUGGUAUCACCAACAAUUUGGAGGAGCAGCUCGAUGAUGUCUUCAGCCAUGCUCUUUCAAGGCAUCUCUAACGGCCUCAGGGAGACGAGCCCACCCGACAGUAGAGCCCACUGCUGCUGGAAGCGUUGCCAAUCUCCACACUCGCCGUUUGUUUCUCUGGGGCCGUAUCGCUGGCGCCAAAUAUCUUGUCGACUCUGGUGCCGAGGUUAGCGUGGUUCCACCAACUCCGUCCGGACGCAAAACCAGCAGCUCUUUUUGUCUAACAGCUGCCAACAACUCCAGCAUCCCCACCUUUGGACAGCGCUCCAUCACACUUGAUUUGGGCCUUCGUCGAAUUUUCCGAUGGGUUUUCACCAUUGCCGACGUUUCCGUCGCCCUCAUAGGCGCCGAUUUCCUAGCUCACUUCAACGUACUCGUUGAUUUGAAGAAUCGCCGACUCGUCGACUGCAUCACCGACCUUCAUACCCGUUGUCAAUCCGGUGUGAAUCCCUGCGUCAACCCUCUCACUGUUAUGCCCAUUUCUGACUGUCCUUUCCACGCACUCCUCGGGCAGUUCCCCCGCCUGACCAACCCCUCAUUUCUAGAAGAGGACAUCAAGCACACAGUCUAG